AUGAAGCCUCCCCAGUCAGAUGACCUUACCAAAUUACUCAAGGUGUUGACAACUAAUAGUAUUCGUUCUGUUCAAUUGGAUGAGGGACUCAAUGUUGAUGGUUAUCUUUGGAAUUUCACGGUCUCUCAACUCCAGAGAGCUGAUUAUAAUGGCAACCUGCUUGAAGAUUUAGACGCUUGGCCUUUAUAUCGGGAGAGAGCCAGACUUGAAGCCUCCACUGGCACGCCUAUUCGGGAUGUGUUCAUUUACAAUGUACUGCGGGAUAUGCCAAGGAUUGUGUUCUGCCGGAACAAAAAGGUUCCGGAGAUUCGCCACCAGUUAGUUUUAGAGAAAACUCGAACAACUUCACUGCACAUGAAAUCGGUUGACUCGGCUUCACGAGUCUCUAAUAAGGAGCAGGUUGUCAUUGGCAUACUGGGUGUCGACAGGAAAGGUGAUAUCUCUAUUAAGGGUACAUUGAGUCAACUACGCCUGGUGAUAACGCCUGACACGUCAAUAGAACAUGGUAUAUACUGCCAUAGCUGCACUGUCAUUGUCCACGGAAUAAUGGAUCCUUAUAAGGAAGCAAUCAGAUGCACUGAAAUAAAGCACCCCCCUUUUGCAGUAGAAACAGAAAUACCAGAUUUCUUCGGAGGCAAUGUAUCUCUGAAAGAGCAAUCUGCUUUCGAAUCACGAAUGACCAUUUUAAAGGAAGGGGGGGGAUCUGAACGCUGGGUGGUUAUGGCAGACUUACAUCUGGACGUCAAAGGCACCCUAGAUUCGCUCGAAAUUCUCUUAGACAGUUAG